AUGAAAUUAUCACUUGACUCGCUGUCAUAUCUAGCUUCACCCAGACCAGCCACUUCCAGGAGCGCCACAGGUUCUAGAGCUUCUACCGCUUCCACUCAGCAACCUGUUGCCGGCGGUGACGUGGCACGGUUCCCUCGAGAAUCAAGUGCAGCUUCUAGAGCUUCUACCACUCCUGGCGUGGCCGGAGGACCUCUUGGACUCGAUCGCGCUCGAAUGCCGCAGGACCCUAGCGAAACCCCAUCGAGAGCCGGCACAGCAUCCGCCGGACAAUCCACCGCGGGAUCUAGCAAAUCUAGCACAAAUCCCAAUACUCCUUAUGGAGGUCUAGUCACCCGCCCCAGCGAAUCUUCUACUCAAGGUGGUACUAGUGAGUUGAUAAAACUUCUGCCGAAUGGUCUACGACCAUGA